AUGGCGGCCUCAAAGCUCGCGAUUCUGUCAAUUUUUCUAGCCCUAAUUUUCUCUCAGAUUAGGGCUGAUGUUUCAGUGCAAGGAGAAGAAGACGCGCCACUGAAGCCCGUCCGAUCGGACGGCCCUGAUUCGUCCGCUCUGAAGAUCGAGUUGGAUCAGCUCAAGUCUAAGAUCCACACCCUUGAAUUCGACGUGGAUGCGAAGAUUAAAGAACUCAAAAAGAAGAAUGAGAUAAUAGAACAGAAGGAGAAAAUCAUUCAAGAGAACUCGAAUAGCAUUUCUUCUUUGCAGAGUGAAAUCGAGUCUCUCCAGAAAAAAGGGUCAUUAGAUGCUGAGAAGCAGGUUGGAAAGGCUCAUGCACGUGCUGGUGAAUUAGAGAAGAAGGUUGCUGAACUUAAAAAGGAAUUAGAAUCGCAACAUAAAGAGAAAGAGGCCUUGGAAGCCAGGGCAAAAAACGCCGAGACGAAGAUUGAUGUUUUGAUCUUAAAAAUAGAGAAUAUUGAGAAGAUUAGUGAUGACCAAAAGACUAAAAUCCGUAAACUGAGCGCGCUCUUAAAGUUGCUGAGUCUUUGUUUCCAUAUUUUUCUUCAGGAAGAAAUGUUGAAGGCAAAGUUUGAAGCUACUUCAAAAGCAAAAGAGUUAAAGGAGGUUCAUGGUGCAUGGCUUCCACCAUGGCUUGCUGUACAUUUAAUCCAUUGUCAGUCCCUUGUAGAGACACAUUGGAAUGAGCAUGGCAAACCUGCAGUGGAUAUUGCAGUUCAGAAGGCCCUGGAGAAAAAAGCCCAAGCUGAAAAGUGGGCUGAACCCCACGUGGAAACAUUUAAAACUAAAUGGAUCCCAGCAAUCAAGGAACAGUGGGUGGUGGUGAAAGAAUCUGUUGAACCUCAUGUGAAAUCGUUAAGUACGAAAACUGUUGAAGUUUAUGAGAUGUCAAAGAGUACAUUAGCUCCACAUGUUCUAAAAGCACAAGAAGUUGUUGAUCCUUAUUUUCAGGAAGCAAAAAAGUUCAGCAAGCCAUAUGUUGAUCAAGUGGCGACUGUAGCAAAACCUCAUGUUGACAAAGUUCGAGUGGUAUUGAAGCCCUAUACAAAGAAGGCAGUUCAUGCCUACGAGAAGUUUCUCAAAUCUGCGUCAACGUACCAUCAUCAGGUUCAAGCCAAAGUAAAAGAUUUGCUGAAGAGGCAUGAGCUGACAAGAGCCCUUGCUACAAAGGAGUUGGAGUGGUUUGCGGCCUCUGCUUUGUUGGCCCUACCCAUCAUAUUUCUGUUCAGAAUUUUCUCCUCGCUUUUCUGUACAAAGUCUAAGAAACCUGUUCGAAGUACCAACCAUACACGUCGUAAGCCUAAAAGGGUAUACUUCAUUAUCAUUUCAAACAGCAGUUGGUUUGUGCUUGUUGCAAGGGCAUUUCGAGGCGAUAUAUUUGUGAAUCGGAUGCAGCCACGGCAGUGUUCAAAUAUCUUGCUUAAGUUUUAG